UAGUACAUCAGUGAGUGUAGGGUAGCGUGGAAGAAAGAUAUUCUGGUGAUGCCUUCAGUCCUCAAUUCAGGGGCAAUCUUCACUCUAGAGUGCUAGUCACCUGGAUACAACAAGAUCAUAGUAUUAGUCAAGUAUAUCUGCUUACGAUGAUGCUUCUUGCACCACAACACUUGAUCCUCAAUACAAGCGUAUGCUACUGGUUGUACCUUCCUUCAAUAAUCUGACCUGCUGGCUUGCACGUUUGCUGAAGCAUGCUCUAACAACUCACCUGGAUUACAUACAUGAUGCUUUCUCUGGCUGGCAGCAACAACGCAGGCGUAAUGGCGACUCCUUUCACCCUCUCAAAGGAUGGCAUCGAGAUGCAGUUUGCAACUAACCAUAUCGGGCAUUUUCUUUUGACACAUCUUCUGCUGGAGACCAUGAAGAAGACAUCUCGUGAAUCAAACGUGGAAGGAAGAAUUGUUAAUGUUUCGUCAGAGGGGCACAGGUUUGCAUACAAGGAAGGCAUCCGUUUUGCCAAACUGAAUGAUGAGGAAGAGUAUAGCACCAUCGCAGCAUAUGGGCAGUCAAAGCUUGCCAACAUUUUACACGCUAAUGAACUUGCCAGGAGAUUUAAGGAAGAGGGUGUGAACAUGACUGCGAAUUCUCUCCAUCCUGGAGUUAUCAUCACGAACCUUCUUCGCCACCACAGCAUCAUAGAUGUUCUGCAUCGGACGCUUGGUAAACUGGUGCUGAAGAACGCUAAACAGGGGGCUGCGACGCAGUGCUACGUGGCGCUGCACCCGGAUGCCAAGGGGGUGUCGGGCAAGUGUCUUUGAAGAACUUCAAAGAGGAAUGUCCAGGAGAUCUGAGUCGGAAGCCUUUGCCAUGUCUACCUUGAGGAUUAGCGCUUUUACCCGGUGGCGGUGCAAUGGUAUGAUAGAUGCUUGCACAAGCAUGAAGUUGUCCAUGAUCGAUCGUCCCCCAACGAAGGCACUUUAAUUAGGCGCGCGCAAUCAAAUUUGGCAGCCAAAAAGGGGAAAGCUAUGUAUGAGGACCUCGCCUUGGCAAGAAUUUUGGCAAAGCUGUGGAUUAAACUCAUAGGAUGAUAAUCCUGGAUAUCCGUACGUAGCUCCGUCGCACUUGGGGACGCGAGUGU